GCUUAUCUUGUGCAAAACUCGCAAAGAUCCUCCGGGAGAAAUUCAAAACCGAAAACAGCAACGGACGAUUGUGCCGUGCAGCGACAGCCAUCAUGUCGUUUUCGCCCAACAUGGAUCAAGUGGAGCCCGCGCGCGUCGCGGCAUCCCAGGUCGAAGACAUCAAAACACGGCUCUUUGACAACUGGGACGAGACUGAGAUGGCGAUGGAACAGGAUCAGGAGAACGUGGGCGUGAACAAGAGCGCCCCGGCAGCAAAGACGCGGCUGUCCACCAAGAUCCAAUCAGACGCACAGAGCACGUUCAUGAAGGUGUUCCUGCGCAUUCGCCCCUUUACCGACGAAGAAAUCGCCAAGCGCGAGGCACAAGGGGUUGUGCGCGUGCUGGACAACAUGACUGUUCGCGCGCAAGCGCCGCUGACAUCCAAGGCGUUCAAGUCCAACAGUCAGACAAACCAAAUUGGCAAGUUCUCGUUCACGCGUGUGUUCAAGGAGAACACGACGCAGCGCGACUUUUUCCGCACAACGACACUUCCAAUGCUGCAGGAGUUGCUUGCGGGCAAGAACUGCCUCAUGUUCACCACAGGCGUCACAAACUCAGGCAAGACGUACACCAUCCAGGGCACGCCGGAUGAGCCGGGCAUUUUGCCGCGCGCGGUGGAUGUCAUCUUCAACAGCAUUGAGCCGCAUCUCGGUGUCCUCGAGAACUUGCGUCCAACGCGCUUUUGCGAGGUGAAGAGGAUCACAGCGAGCGAAGUUGAUUCGUUGGCGCAGCAGAAACGCGACUGCCUCGAACUCUCCUUCAACUCUGAUGCCCUGCACGCGACGGCGCUGGCGAACGAAGAUGGCGACAACGACAGCAGCGCCACGGCAACAGACACGUCUGCCACAUCGGCUGAUUCGUCCGUGGACACCGCUGCCUCUGCGUCGUUUGAGGAGGAUGCCGAGUUUGAGCGGAUGGUAAAGGACCGCGUUGCGGAGAGCACGUGCCUCAACGUCGACCCAGACUGCAAGUACUCUGUGUUUGUGACGUACAUUGAGGUGUACAACGAGCGCAUUUAUGAUCUCCUCGAACCGCCGCCAGGGAAAAAGGAGAAGCGACGCGUGUCGAAGCGCCUUCGUCUCGACAAAAACAAGAACAUCUACGUCGAAGGUCUGCGUGAGAUCCAGGUUGAGACGGUGGACGAGGCAUUUCGCGUGCUCGGUGUUGGUCGGCGCAACCGCCGCGUCGCCGCCAACAACCUCAACAUCAACUCCUCGCGCAGCCAUUGCAUCUUCACGCUGAAGAUUGUUCGCUUCCCCAAUGUGCCCCAGCCACACUACGCUCACGUCAGCCAAUUGUCGCUGGUUGAUCUUGCGGGGAGCGAGCGGAACGUGAACACACGCGCACGCGGCAUGAAGUUGAAGGAGGCGGCAAACAUCAACAAGUCCAUCAUGACCCUCGGGCAGUGCAUUGAGAUUCUCAGGCACAACCAGGCCACAAAAGAUGACCGCCGCGUUCCGUUUCGGGAUUCAAAACUGACGCGGCUGUUCCAGUCGUAUCUGCUCGGCAUGGGGUCUGUGCGCAUGGUGGUGAACAUCAGUGCGUGCGCCACCGCCUACGACGAGACCCUGCACGUCCUCAAAUUCAGCGCCGUCGCACGCAAGAUUACGCAACCGCCCAUCACGUCCAAGAUUGACACGGGUCUCUCCACCCAGUCCACGGCACUGCCCUCCGCCAACACAACGCGCCAGACAUCCGCCAACACCACCCGCGGCUCUGCCAACACCACGACGGCGGCGACGGCGAAUGUGUCCCGCGCAUCUGAUGUUGCGCACAUCCAGGCACUGCAGAAGCAGCUGGAUGUGGUGCGAAACCACAAUGACACGCUGCAAGAUCAAGUCUUUGAACUGCAAAAGGAGCUCGAACGCGCCAAAACCGCCCAAGAGGAUAUGGAGCUGCGCAUUCGUGAGGAGAUUGCAGCCGAGCUCUCAGACCAAUUUGUUGAGGUUGAGGAGACGUACGAGCAGAUUUUCCGCCAGCAGGAUGACAUUGCCGAGGAAACCCGCGAGAAGCAGCUUGCUGUUGUGACGCAGAGCGUUGCUCGCCAUGCAACACGCUCCCGUCUCGCCAGUUGCGACGACGGCAACGGUGCACAGCAGCGCAACAAACGCAGCAAGCGCGGUGGCGGCCGUGCCUGCAAGCACGACGACGCAUUUGCAGAGGAGGACGAGAGCGAGGCGAUGAUGGAUGAUAGCGACAGUGCCUCCUCACAGCCUCAGCAACACUUGGUGAGUGGGGCUGAGAUGUCGGCGAUGAGGGAGCGCGUGCACCAUCUUGAGUCCCAACUCCGCACGGCGCAGCAGGACGCAGACGCCGCCAAGCAGGCCAUCAAGGCGCGCACAAGCGAGUUUUCGACAAAAGAGGCGGAAUACGAAUCCGUCAUCUCCGAUCUCAAGGAGCGGCUGGACGAGCUGCAGGCGGAGCAUUCGCAGUUGAUGGACACAACCGUCCCGCUCGAGACAUUUGAUGCAGAGACCAAGCGCAUGGAGGACCAGGCCAACGAGUACCUGGAGAAACUUCACGAGAUGGAGGAGAGGCUGGAAGAGCUCCAAACAUCGUCGUACGAGACUGCGCGCACGCUCGGGGAAGCAAUUGAAACCCAGGAGCGCCACAUCUCCGACCUGAAGGAGCAGCUGGAGAAGGUGACGGAAGCGAAGCAGGAGGAAGCGGAGCGCCUGGAGGCAACAAUUUCGACACUGCGCGAUGAGCUGCAGCGGUUGAAGGACGACGGGUGCGGUCCCGACGAGCACACGGCGCAGGAGAUUGAGCGAUUCAAGAUGCAAGUUGCCCAUCUGAAGAACAAGAAGAAGGUGUUGGAGGAGAAGACCAACGAUCUCCGCGCUGAGCUCGAGCACGUCAAGGGUGAGAACGACCGGCUGAAGGCGCAGCUGGCGGAUAUGGUCUCCGAGCAGCUGGACCAGGAGAUGCUCGCAUACUCGACUGCGACGGGUGCGUCAAGCACGAUGAUGACGGCAACAGACACCGACACGACAACAGCCACAACGACGACGACGACGACGACGGAUGCUGUUGAGUCCAGCACAGAUGAGACCAUUCGCUCCAGCGGCAAUGAACUCGAGCAGAAAGACCGUGACGAAGAUAACGGCACCAUCGUCAACGGUGAUGAUGAUGAGGAGGAGGAGAAGCCGGUGACACGCAAGCGGGCGAAGCGUGUGCAAUCGAAGCGCAACACGCGAAAGGGAUCACGAGCAACACGUGCCACCACCAGGCGCAACCAGUCGUCAUCAUCGUCGUCGUGGUCGGAAGAGGAGUCUGAGAUGGACAACGGGAAAGACACGACCUUGACAAACGACGACAGCACGGCGAGUGCAACAACAAGUGGUGCCGACACGAGCAAGGUGGGGGAUGCCGCUGUAACGCACGCCAAGUCCAGUCGCACACGCACGCGCGUCGCCACGAAGAAGACCAGACGCAGCGUUUCCGUCGACACCUCGGUUGGUGAUGAGAACGCUGCUGGUCCUCGCACGCGGCGUGCGGCGGCGAGGGAGAGGCGGCAGCGGCAGCGCAAGUCCAUGACGAAACCGCAGUCGCGUGCUGUUCUCAGCGCCAUCAACAACGCAACGCCCGCAGAGAAGGGCACCGUGGCUCGCGUGAACACUGCGGCAGCUGCUGCUUCGAGCAUGAAACAGUCUGUCAUGAACACGAUUCUGAGCCAGGCGGAGAGCCCAAGUGCUGACAAGUGCAUCAGCAGUGAGGAUUCUGUUGUGCUCACGCCCAAGCGCACGCUUGGCAACAACGAUACGUCCGCUUAUGAGGGCGACAGCUUUGACAGCGCCGACACCAUUGACAUGGAGACGUUUGAGCGCGAAGUUCACGAGAUGACAGAGGCGGCGAGCAAGAUGGCGCACAAGAAAACGCCAGAGAACAAGUCUGCGCCUGCCCAGCACCGCCUUGAGAAAUCGCUGCUUGAACCGCUCUCGUCCAAGAAGAAGCGCCAGUCCAAACGCCGCAAGCUCGGCGCAAAGACGACCACCACCGUCUCGCCCGUCGCAGAGCCCCAACAGACAAAGUCUGGAAGUGCGAUGGGUCGUCUGCUCACGCCGAUUGCGCGCCGCCUGCGCCCACGUCGCAACAAGCGCGUCGCUGCAUGAUGAUUGCAUGGCAUUGUCAUCUGCAUGGGUUGAUGUUGUGCGCAUGUCUACGUUGCCACCAGAAAACCAUUGUGUUGUGUUCAUGAGGUCAUGGCGUGUUGUGUGGAAGUUGUGGCUGACUGCAGGCUUUGGACUGAUGAUGCUGUAAGGAGUUGGGUCCAUGUGCUGUUGUUGUUGUUGUUGUUGUUGUUGU